ACGGUGAUUGAUAGCAUCAAUAAACAUCGUCAAUUAGGUAGAGGUAUUUAAACAUUUUCAGCAUCUUUCAAGUCUUUAUUCGCCUUCGUGUGUCAAGGGGGAUCGCCGGAUCAAGAUGAAGUUUUUAGUUUUCCUUUGCUCGGCGUGUUUCGUCCUAGGGAUUCAUAAAGCCCAAGCUGCACUGGGUGGAGGGACAUGCACCAUUCCUGCCGUAGGUGCCGGUCCUGGAGCCACCACUGUGUGUACAGCUGCCGCCAAUGGCUUCUGUCUCAUAGACCAUUUGACGAUCACAGGAGCCGUCACAGGCGUAACUUACGAUAGCGUGUGUGUCUGCUACUAUGGAUACAGCGGACCGCAAUGUGCUACUCAAGACGCAACAACUGGCACUAGCAGUGGAGUUACAAACGCUAUCGGGGCUAUUGCUGUGGGUGGAGUUGCCGCGUACAUUUUAUCUCAGGUGGCAUCAGGACAAACUGCUCAAGGAAUGGGCUCAGGGAUUUUAACCGGAUAAAGUGGUCCCUAUAUGAUUUAGGAUUGUCAAAAAUUAUAUAGAAAGAUUCAAUAACCAUUGCAGCAAACACCUGCAGCAAACAUCUUUUUGGUUGUAUGAAAUAUUAAAUUGUAUUUUAUUUUUUGUUUGGAAUUUCAAAACAUAUUCGUUCAUUUAAGGUCCAAUUUUUAUACACUUCAGAUACUAUUUUUAAUUAUAAUUGAACAACAUUGUUACAGUACAUUUCCUUACUUUGUGGUAUACUAUUAAUAGUAUUACUUGAUACAAAAAAUUAAUCACAAUUCAAGUAUUUGACCAUUUAUAAAUACUAUUUUGCUUUAUAAAAAAGGGAACUUAAAGGACAUUUGUUAACAAUACAUACUUGUAUUCGAUAUAUGUUGAAUAUUGAAGAAAAAUAUGAUGAAAGAAGGCUAUUUCUGUGAUUUUUUUUUACAGAUGCAAAGUUAAUUUGAAUACGUUAACAAAAUGACAAAAACGUUAUAAUGAUUACGGCUUAAAGUUACUUGGUUCGAUUGCAUAAUGGAACUAUGGACGCUGUUAGACAGUUGUAUAUUAUUAACAGUUAAGUUUUCUGUUACGAAUAAAAGAAAUGAUUUUGGGAGAGGGUGGUCUAAGAUAUGGAACUUGUGUCCAAUCCAAAUUGUAUUUUUGUACAAAAAAUAUAUUUUCAAAUCAAAUAAAAGAAAUUAUAAUACACAUUUUUUUGUAAUUUACACGAAAAUGAGAAAGUAUCAUGUCUUGUCUCUUGGAUAGAUAAAAUAGCCAUUGAUUUUACAUCCACGGCCCAAUAUUGAGGCGGGUACUAGUGAAACGUCUGUUACAUUUGCUAAAAUUAACGUUAGUUAUAAUUUAUACUUAAUGAAGUGAUUUUGAUUAUUGACACAACAUCCCACGUAAGAGUUAAUUUUUAUUUUAUCAAAACAUACGUUUUGUUUUUUAAAAUAUUUUUUUUAAGUCAAUAUGCGGUGUAGAUACCAUUUGUUAACAUUUCCAUUUAAAAAAACGCACUUCUUUCCAUUUCUUGUGUAAUGUAACCCAACAGAAGAUAUUUAUGUUUACUUUUUCUUACUUAUUGUUCUUAUCUUUGAAAAGACAACGUUAAAAAUUCGGAGUGUAUAAUUUGGUAAAAGUUUUCAAUAAAGAAAUUUUUAAAAAGA